AUGGUCUCCACACGACAUCACCCUCGAGAAUUCCCCUCACCCACACAAGCCGCAAAGGAACUGGUCAAGUCCUCGCCUGCACCCACCACUACCGGAAAUUCGCGCAAAUGGGUUCACACUCCGUCCGUCGCCCUGACUCUCUGGCUUGUCGUCUCCGUGCCGCUGGUCAUCUGGGAUACUGGCUAUGUGCUUUUGCGACCGCAUAGUAUGCCUGGAGGUCGCUUGCAUUCUCCUCUCUGGGCACCUUACGCGCUAUAUGGCAAGGUCGACUACAUCUACGGCUGGCCUGCAUUUAAUGCGCGUAAUGGUUUCACUGCUGCGCAAACCGCGUUGAAUGUCGUUGAGACAAUUGGUUACCUAUACUAUCUGUGGAUUGUGUAUCGACAUGGUGCAACGGUAGUGAAUGGUCGCAACGCUUCGAAGCCGACCAAGGGUUUCAUGUGGUUGGUGACAGGUGAUAAGGUGGUGGCUGGCAAGACGGGCGCAAUUGCGCUUAUGGUCGCGUAUACUGCAUCGGUCAUGACUCUCAGCAAAACCAUUCUUUACUGGUUGAAUGAAUACUUCUCGGGCUUCGACAAUAUCGGUCACAAUGAUGCGCUUACCCUGAUCGUUCUGUGGAUUAUUCCAAAUGGCAUGUGGAUUGUCUUCCCCACUUACAGCAUCUAUUCUCUUGGGGGCGAGAUCCUUAAUUCCUUGGAACAAGCGAGCCCUCGUGGUCGCGUGGGGCGUCCCAAAGCCUCUUAA